AGAAUGAAAAACCAAUGGCGAUCAAUAAAAAAGAAUGUGAAAGACCUAUACGUGCAAAACCUGCAACCGUGAAAAUUUCUUAAUACUGAUCAAGUUGCAAACAUGGUCCGCUUAAAUCCUUCAGGUGGAUGGUUGAAGUUUCUGUCUGAAUCUUCGGUUUGAUUUAUUGUGCUUAUAUUUUAUUUUGGAAUGAUUUCAAGUAGUUCGUUUUAAUCCUUUCGAUGAAAAGUUAACUAAAUAUGCGAAAAUUUUUCUUCGCAUUGUAAUUGUGGAUAUUUUGUAGCUUUGAUUUUGCUGUGUUAAGAAUUUAGAUUAUGUCGUAGUACUAUCAUCUCAUCAAAAUGCAUCUUGCAUCAGGAGACAUCUGGAAGAUUCGUCCAGAAGCAAAAUUAAAAUAUGAUGAAAAGUUCUUUCAACUGAAGCCUAUCAAUGGAUACAUUACAGGUGAACAAGCAAAGAAUUUAUUCCUCAUGUCUGGAUUACCUCCCCAAAUUUUGGCUCAUAUUUGGGCUUUGGCAGAUAGGGAUGCUGAUGGAAAAAUGGAUGCCAGUGAGUUUGCAGUUGCCAUGCAUCUCAUUGAGAUGAAACUCAAAGGAUUUGAAUUACCUAAAACAUUACCACCAUCUAUGGCAAUGCCAGCUCCAGCUAUAAUUCCUAAUGCGCCUGCAUAUCGCCCACCAGUCUCUCUUGGAGGUGCUCCUGUUCCUAUUGUUCCCCCUGCUACGGUUGGCAACUUAGUUGGAGGUUUUGGAAGGUCAGCUUCUCCUGUGGACAAACCUCAGCGUACUACAUCAGUCAGUAGUCAAGAUUCACCCACUGGUGUGCCACCGUCUUCCUUAAUAGAAUGGGCUGUGCCUCAGCAAUCCAAAUUAAAAUUCACACAGAUGUUCAACUCGUAUGACCGUACUAGGACAGGCUUUCUUACUGGUGCUCAAGCAAGAAAUAUUCUUGUGAACACAGGCUUAAGUCAACCUAUUUUAGCCCAAAUAUGGUCUUUAGCAGACAUAGACAGUGAUGGAAGACUUUCAUGUGAAGAAUUUGUUCUUGCAAUGCAUUUAGCUGAAAGUGUGAAGGCAGGUGAUGCCUUACCAAGUUUCUUACCUCCUGAACUCAUUCCUCCUUCUCACAGGAGAAAACGGUCAACAAGUAUUCAAUCAACUGGUUCUACAUCUAGUCAUGCACUUGGUGACAUCAAUUUACUUGGUGAUUUCAAAGAUGAAAAAACACUCCAGCAACAAACUACUUUUGAAGAUAAGCGAAGGGAAAAUUUCGAAAAAGGACAGGCUGAAUUGGAGAAACGGCGUCUGGCUCUGCUAGAAGCUCAAAGAAAAGAACAGGAAGAAAGAGAACGUAAAGAAAGGGAAGAGCAUGAACGAAGAGAGAGAAUAAGGCAAGAACAAGAAAGAAGGCGGCAAUUAGAGUUGGAAAAGCAACUUGCAAAGCAAAGAGAACUUGAGCAAGAAAAAGAAGAGCAAAGACGUAAAGCUCUAGAGCAGCGUGAAGCUGCUCGAAGAGAAAUGGAGAGACAAAGACAGUUGGAGUGGGAAAAACAACGUCGUCAAGAGUUGAUAUCACAAAGGCAGAAGGAACAGGAAGCAGUUUGUCAUUUAAAGAACUUGAACAAAAACCUCACUUUUGAGCUAGAACAACUGUCUAAGAAAAUCAAUGAAAUUAAUGAAACAAUUAGUGCUACAAGGAAGAAUGUUACAGAUGUCAAAACAUCCAUAGAUAAUAUGAGAACAGAAAGAGAUGCCAAAUUAGAAGAAAUGAAUAAUGUUAAGGCAAAAAUAAAAGAAAUGAAUGAUAGACUCCUUAUUUUAUCGCAAGAAAAAAUUAGCAUGCGAGCUCAACUUAGUUCUGUUUCUCAAACUAAUCCAUCAACUGAAUAUAGUACUGUCUUGCAUAGUUUUGAUAGUAAAAAAGCAGCUUUAGAACAAAUGAGAAGCACUGUGAAUAGUAUAGAAGCUGAAACUGCACAGAAACAAAAGGAUAUUGAAAACAACAACAGUCAGAUUCAGGAGCUUAAAGAGAAAUUGAAAGAUAUAUCAGAAAAUUAUAAGAAUCUGUUUGAGCAAUAUGAAAAAAGAAAAGAAAUCUUUUUAGCUGAAAAGAAGGCAGCUGAAAGUAAAAAUGGGUUUAUUGAAAAACAAGCAGAUGGUUUUGAUACUGCAUGGGGGCCAACUGAUACUCAAGGCUGGAAUGAUACUCCUGCUCCUGCAGCUGAUGUAAACCAAAAUGUGGUGAAAUAUCGAAUACUUUAUGCUUUUGAGGCUAGAAAUGAAGAUGAGUUAUCUGUGAUGCCUGGUGACAUAGUUUUGGUUCCCGAUGGCCAGAGUUCUGAGCCCGGCUGGCUUGGUGGUGAACUGCAUGGUAAAAAGGGAUGGUUUCCAGAGGCUUAUGCAGAAAAAAUCGAACCCUCACAAGAUACUGCUGAAAUUGAAAAUGCCUUCAUCAAUAGUGCUGCUGCAAUAGGUGCACCUACUGAAACAGUACAUAUUGUAGGGACUGAAAUGAAGAGAACCCUGGAAGGCAUAUCUGAAGCCCCUGAGAAUGCCAUUGCUGAUACUGCAUUCGUGAGUAACACAGUUCAAAAUGUUCUUCAGCAUUCUGAAAACUCAUCUUUCACACAACCUCAAAAAUCAAUUGAGACCAUUUCUCCCAUUCCUGAUCAGGGUCAAGUAGCUCCUGAGGGUCUACAAGCCCAAGCAUUGUUCCCUUGGAAGGCAAAAAAGGAAAACCAUCUCAGUUUCAACAAAGGGGAUAUAAUCAAUGUCAAGGAACAGCAAGAUAUGUGGUGGUAUGGUGAAUUCCAGGGUAAACUUGGAUGGUUCCCUAAAUCAUAUGUCAAGUUAAUUUCUGGUCCUAUGAAACUAAAUGACAACUUUCAAGACAUUGCUUUUGAUGCUACAGAAUUGCAGGAACCUCCAGAAGUGAACACAUCACCACCUGAAGGUAUUCCUGAAUACUAUAUAGCUAAUUAUGCUUAUCAGUCCCAAGAACCUGGAGAUUUAUGUUUCCAAGUGGGAGAAACUAUAUUAGUGACAAAAAAAGAAGGAGAUUGGUGGACAGGAACUAUAGGAAACAGAACAGGAAUAUUUCCUUCUAAUUACGUUAGAAAAAUUGAAGGCCAGGGAUCUGUGAGCAGUGAAUAUGAAACCAAAAAUGAUGUAUCAUUCCAGUCAAUGUCUAUAGAGUAUGAGAUGUCUGCGUAUAGUCCAAAACCAAAGGGUGCGAAAGGUUUCAAAAGAGGUGAAAUUGUUACUGUUCUUGCACCUUACAAAGCUACAGGGCCUGAACAAAUAUCUUUAGAGAAAGGUCAGCUAAUCCAAGUUCGUAAAAAAGCACCUAAUGGCUGGUGGGAAGGGGAAGUUCAAGUUAAAGGUAAAAAGAGGCAAAUUGGUUGGUUCCCUGCAUCAUAUGUAAAAGAACUAAGUGGAAGUCGAGCAAGCAGUAAUCGUAGUACUCCUGAACCAAUGCUGUAUUCCAGGUUUAAUGAAAACUUAAAUGGAGGGCCGCAACAAUCAGAUCAAGUUGUUGCUUUGUAUCCAUUCACUGGUCAGCAUUCAGAUGAACUGACAUUCCAAAAAGGAGACAUAAUAACUUUAGUUAAUGCAGAUGAUCCUUCCUGGUGGAAAGGAGAGCUCAAUGGUGCUGUUGGAUUAUUCCCUUCAAAUUAUGUUGAAGUGUUGAAUAAAUCUGCUGUCUCUGCGCAAAAUAACUAUAAUUUAAAUUCCUUUGAUACAUCUGCUUUUGAAUCACUUUCUCCAAAAGAAAAGAAGAGGCAGCAACACAUCCGUGAACUGAUUUCUACCGAGGAAUCUUAUGUUGAAGAUAUGUCUAUUGUUCUUGAUGUUUUCCAAAAACCACUGCGAGAGUCAGCUGUUUUAAAUAAAGAGGAACUUCGCUCGAUAUUUGUGAAUUGGAAAGAACUCAUUGUUUGCAAUACAAAGCUAUUAAGAGCAAUGAGAGUGAGAAGCAGAAUGAGUUCCAAUAACAUAAUACAGAAAAUUGGAGACUUAUUAUGUGAAAAUCUCCCACAUUUUACACCAUACAUAAGAUUUUGCAGCUGUCAAUUGAAUGCAGCAGCUUUGAUCCAAAAUAAAUCUGAUAAUUGUCCUAAGUUUAAAGAAGUUACUAAACAUUGUACAACAGAUCCUCGUACAAAGGGAAUGCCUCUAAGUAGCUUUCUGCUAAAACCCAUGCAAAGAAUUACUAAAUAUCCUCUUCUUAUUCAAAAAGUUUUUGAAAAUACUUCAGAAGAUCACCCUGAUUAUCCUCAUCUAAAAGAAGCCCUAAACUUAGCUCAGCAACUUUGUAACCAAGUAAAUGAAGGUGUAAGGGAACGAGAAAAUUCAGAUCGCUUGGAAUGGGUACAAAAUCAUGUUCUAUGUGAUGGACUACCAGAACAAAUUACUUUCAAUUCAUUAACAAAUUGCUUGGGACCAAGAAAACUUUUACAUGCAGGGAUAUUGUAUAAAGCAAAAAGCAAUAAGGAGCUCAUGGCUUUUCUCUUCAAUGAUUUUCUUCUCCUGACUCAACCUUUCAAAGAACUAGGAAAGAUAACAAAUGUUUUCACUUCAGAGAAAGCAAUGAAUUCUUUGUAUAAAAUGUACAAACAUCCUCUGUUCCUGAAUAAUGUGACUGUAAAAACCACUGAUACUGAAAACAACCAAGAUGAUACUACUUUCUUUGUUUUUUAUUCUGACACCGAAAGGAUUCAUUUCAGAACUAUGAGUGCUACUGAAAAAUUGCUGUGGAUGAAAAGAAUUGAAUCUGCUGCUAAAGAUUAUUGUGAAUUAGAAAAGAAAAAUUUAAACCAUCAAAGAAUGUUAAGAUCUCAAGCUAUUCAGGGAGUAGGACGUCUCCUAGUUGUUGUUGUUGAAGGCAUAAACUUGAAAGCUUGCUCUAAUGGCCAAAGUAACCCUUACUGUGAAGUUAGCAUGGGAUCACAAGAACACAAGACAAAAGUGAUUCCUAAUACCUUGAAUCCAAGAUGGAAUGCAUCUAUGCAAUUCUUGGUUAAGAAUCUACAUGAAGAUGUCCUUUGUAUUUCUGUUUUUGAUAGAGAUUUGUUUUCUCCUAAUGAAUUCCUUGGAAGGACAGAAAUAAAAGUAUCAGAUAUUUGUAAAGAAACCAAAGAAACACAUGAGCCAGUCAUUCGAAAGUUAACCUUAUAUGAAGUAGAAUGUGGAGAAGUUGUGAUCAAAUUUGACUUACAAAUAUUUGAUAAGCUGUAAGCUUUCAUCUUAUCUAAAAGCAUUUAUGAUUUGACAUUUAUAUUUAAGUACAAAUUGUAAAUAUACUUUUACUUUGUUUUAAAGCUUCAUCAUCCUCACAGCUAUAAGCUUUCUGUUUUGUUUUCCAUUUCUUUAUUCAUGCUAUCCUAUUCUCACAUUCCAUGUUUAUAAAACUGCUCUCUAUUAAUUGAUUGGAUAUUUUAUUUUUAUUGAAAGUUUACAUUUUGUGACUAUAUUUUCUGACAAUUAUCAUUCUUGAAUGGUUAAAUUAUAUAUAUAUAUAUUUCAUUGUACAUAUUUGUUAGAAACUAUAUUGUGUUGUAUAUGUGGCUUAAACUUUGAAACUACGUUCAACUGCUUAUUGAACAGAAAUAUGCUUGUUAGUCAUAAUAAAUGUCAUCUUUGAUAGUCAGUCAUCGUUUUUAAUUAUACUAUACUUUUGAAGCCUGGUAGUCUUCCAUUUUUUGCUCUAAUUGUGUUGUUUGAAAUAAAACAAAGAUAUGUUUUUUUAUAUAAUGAUUUUUUUCAUAAACCAUUCUCUUUCUCAAUGAUUUAACUACAAAGGAAAGCAGUGACUUAUGUUAUAUCUGAAUUAGUGUUUCAACAAAAUUAGUAAUUCAUCAUGAUCUUUCCUUUAAUAUGCAGCUGAGAGUUAAUUAAAUAAUAUAAAAAAAUCUACAAUUUUUAAUAAAUUGAUAUUUUUCCUACACCAUUAUAUUAAACUGGUUCAUUUUUAAGUUUGUUUCUUUGAAAAAGCAGUAUGCUUAGUUAAUAACAUUUUGAUAACAAUAUAUCAUAUAGUUUCAUUAAAUAGGAAAUUCAUACAAAGUUCUAGUUUGACAUGAUAGAAAUGCUAAGAAAAGUGAGUUAAGAAACAAAUAACCAUAGUAUCAAAAAAUCGACAUCCAUUUACACAAAAAAUAUCUCUUAAAAACGUUGCUGUUACAAGAAACUGUGUUUUGUACAAAGAAAUGCAUAGGUAUAUUAAAUAGAAGAUGAAAACUAAUAUCUUAUAGUAAAAAUAUUUAAAAGUUCUUUACAAAAGUAUGCCGUCCACAACUGUUAAAUCUAUAAAAUUAUGUUUAAAAAAUUAUACUUUGAUUAAAAUGUGUCGUACAUAUCAUGAAUUAAAGACACUGGUCUUUCAUAAAAGUAUAUAGUUAGAUAUUUGUGACAUAAAUAUUUUAAGGAAAAUCGUGCUAGUAAUUAAAUUUUUGGCAAUCCAUUGCAUAAUAAAAAAAGCUCAAUGCUCCUAAAAUGCAUGGUUGCAUAUCAGACUGUAAUAUUUAUUGAAGACAAUGAUGCAGCUAAUGUAAAAUCUCUAGCAAAACAAUCAAUAGAUAUAAUAUUUUUGUAUCACAUCAAUUAAUUUACAAAGCAAACUUAUCAGAUUUUGUUAGAAUGUAGAAUUCACAUGAAAAAUUGAUUUGCAUAACAGAAUAGAAAAAAAUUUCAUUUCUAUUGAUCUGUAACAUAUUGUCAAUGAUCAAGUGGCUUAGGUUUAGAUUUCAAUGUGUGGUUCUAAAAUACUGAAAUCAAUAGAUAUAGAUAUUUACAGAUAUCAAUCGAUACAGAAGUACUGAUCAAUUACAGACAUUCUCUAGUUUAUCAGAAAUUAUCAUUUCUUGUGUUAUAAUAAUGAUAUUUAGUAACGUUAUAUAGUAAUAUACUUAAGUUGUACAGUUAAAAUCUACCUUAAUUGUUGAAUUAGUUUUUUUCAAUCAAUAGGAAAUAAUUUUGUUUCUCAAGAAUAAACUACAAAAUACAUAUUAGAUGCAUAUUAUUUUAGAUUUAAUUAUUUGAUUGGCAUAUAUGUUGAACAAAUGCUCAGUAAGCAAUUUUUAUUAUAAAUCUAAUGAUCUUGGUCUCAUAGGGUUUUGAAAGGUAUGAAAAUUGUAUUAUUUAUUUUAUUAUAUAUCUGAACCAAAUUUAAUUAAUAACUGCAAUAUAAUUCUAAUGUGGGA